AUGGGUUUCUUCGACCUCAACAUCCCCUACCCAGAAACCUCCACCAAAUCCGAAAAAUCCACCGUCGAAAACAACCGAACAAGACUCGCUGUGAAAGCCAUGGAGCUAGGUUACACAGGCAUAGCUUACAACCGCACAAUGAAAGGCGUAAUGUCCGAUAAACACCGUUGCUCCAUCUCCCCACUCUCCCUCACAACUCUCCUCAACAUCGUUCCCUUUCUCUCCUCCUCCGCCAAGCUUCACCGUGACCUCCUCGGUGUUCAAUCUUCCACUCCGUUUCGGCAGUACACGCGCCUAACGGUUUGUGUUGAGAAUCCAUUGCAGGGUAAUGCACUUAAUGAUGGGAAUCCUAUUUUGAAGAGUUAUGAUUUGGUUGCUGUUAAGCCGUUGAAUCAGACUGCUUUCGAUAUUGCCUGCGAGAGAAUGGCGGUGGAUAUUAUUUCGAUUGAUUUUUCGGCUAAGUUGCCAUUUAGGUUGAAGCAGUCUAUGGUUAAAAUGGCUACGCAGCGUGGUGUUGUUUUUGAAGUUUCAUAUUCUGGUCUUAUUGCUGAUGUACAGUUAAGGAGACAGUUGAUUUCCGGCUCCAAGCUGUUGAUUGACUGGACUCGGGGACGAGACAUUGUAUUUUCAAGUGCUGCUCCUUCGGUGAAUGAACUUAGAGGGCCUUGUGAUGUUGCAAACUUGUUGUUAUUAUUUGGGCUCUCCAAGGAGCAAGCCAAAGCAUCUAUAUCUAACAAUUGUAGGGUUCUUUUAGCCAAUGCUCUAAGGAGAAAGCGAUUUCACAAAGAGGCAAUAAGAGUAGAGGUUUUAUCAUCCAACUCUCAAUCUAAGGAAGCUCGACAUCAAGAGUUACUAAAGUGGGACCCUCUCUCCAGCGGCGAAGGUGAUAUCUUGUUGGAUGACAUGGAAAAUUCUCGUUCAAUCUCCUCUAAAGCGCCCAAGACUACAAAAGCCAUUGACUUUGUUUCAGUACUAGACAGCCUUCCGUCUCAAGGUUAUCAAGUCCAGAAUUUCAUACCUGCAAAUGACACUUUCUCGCUCUUCUCAAUUAAUAUGGUAAACUCCGUGUCCGUUGCCGAAAACGUAAAUCGGUCAACACAUGUACCUAACAACAUAACUGAACAGCCCAAUAGGCCUGAUGUUUGUCCCAAGCAAGACCAAAGCUCAUCAUUGAAUGAUAUAACAAAACAUCACAUUGUGAGAUGUGGCAAUAUUUUUGAGAAAAAUAUACCCAGCGGAACUACUGAAGCUUUUCAUUCUGAAGUGAUAGAGACCGAGACAAACGGCGCGAAGUUGGAACUACAAAAUUCUAUUGAUUCAGAUGUACAGAUGGAUGACAUGGAAAAAUCAUUCAUAACCCCUUGUAAGGCAUCAACCAUAGCAAAAGCAACCGUGGACAGCUAUAAUGAUGGAAAUUUACUUCCAGUUGCUGAAAAUGUUGAUCAGUCAAAACCUGUACCUAACAACUCAACUGAGCAGCCCGACAGGCUCGAGGUUUCUCCUGAACAAGAUGAAAGGUCAUUGUUUGAUACUGUAAAAACACAUCAUGAUGUAGGCUGUGACGAUGUUUUUGAGAAAAAUAUACAUAACAGAACUAUUGAAGUUUUCAAUACCAAGGUAGAGAUUGACACUCAGACAAAUGGCACCCCAUUUGAAGCAAAAGCACGUGUUUCACAGUCAGACUUGUGCAUCUCAAGUAAUUUGCUGGAUACUGUAAAACCACAGGAGAAUGAGAAACUCAUCAUAUCUUCAGAUGAUCCUAACAAUAUUGACGAGAAAUUAGAAGUUCUUACUCCAUCCGUAGGAAUCAUUUUUCCGGCUCCAGAACAUGAAAAAGACAAAGAAAAUAACACUGAUGUCAAUUUCAAUGCACAUUUUGCAACAAUGCUUGAAAAUUUGCCAAAGGAAGAUUUUAAAACUUCAGAGCAUGCAGUUCUGGAUAUGAACAGAUCUACUUCCGAAACACCAGUGGAGUAUAAACAAUUUAACAAACGGGAGACUGAUUCCGUUGAAGUUGAUGAAAUGCCACACCAAACACCUUCUGAUAAAAUGAAUACUGAAGAUGAUUCCACAGUUGCAAUACAUUCAUCGCCAGAAGCUAUGAUGGAAGAUACAAAGUUUGGUGAAGUGAACACUUAUUCUGAUCAAUUAGCCUCUGUUCGGUCUGUUUCAGGUCGAGUGCGAGUGAAACGAAGGACACCUCCACUUUUAUUUCCCUUGAGGCGAUUGUUGAAUACAGUGCCUUUUAAGAAGAGAUGUAAAAAGCUCAAGAGGAGAACUAAUCCAGAAUAA